CUCCGCCAGCUGAUUUCAGACGCUCAUUCAGGGCGGUGGACGAGCAGAGUCAGGGCGGACGGUCCCUCCUCACCAUGUUCCUCUAUGAAAACCCCAUCUUUUAAGCAAAUGCCUCAGGUUUGAGAGCAGACGUGCGGGUUUUGACUCCAUCUCUCGGCGACAGGAGGAGACAGAUGAGUGCGCGUCUGCCGUGAAGCUGCGUCUUUGUUCGGCUGUGGUUUGUGUCCUGCAGCAGCAGCAUGGAGCUGCAGAACGAGCUGCAAAAGGAGCCUCGAUCCGAGGACGAGGCUGACUACGAGGACGAGGAGGUGGACCCCAGAAUACAGGGCGAGCUGGAGAAACUGAACCAGGCCAGCGACGACAUCAACAGAUGCGAGACAGAGCUAGAGGAUGCGAGGCAGAAGUUCCGCUCGGUGUUGGUGGAGGCCACGGUGAAGCUGGACGAACUGGUCAAGAAGAUCGGCAAAGCUGUGGAUGAAUCCAAGCCGUACUGGGAGGCUCGCAGGUUGGCCAGACAGGCCCAGCUGGAGGCCCAGAGAUCCACCCAGGACUUCCAGAGAGCCAGCGAGGUUCUCCGAGCAGCCAAGGAGACCAUCUCCCUGGCCGAGCAGCGGCUCCUGGAGGAGGACAACCGGCAGUUCGACUCCGCCUGGCAGGAGAUGCUGAACCACGCCACGCAGAGGGUGAUGGAAGCGGAACACACCAAGACGAGAAGUGAGCUGUUGCAUAAGGAGACGGCGGCCAAAUACACAGCAGCCACGGGCCGCAUGAAGCAGCUGGAGAAGAAGCUGAAACGAACCAUCAGCAAGUCCAAGCCUUACUUUGAGAUGAAGGCCAAGUACUACCUGCAGCUUGAGAACCUGAAGAAGAACGUGGAUGAGCGGCAGGCCAAGCUAACCCGGGCAAAAAACGAGUACAAAACGGCUCUGAGAAACCUGGAGAUGAUUUCUGACGAGAUCCACGAGCGCCGGCGGAGCUCCGUCAUGGGCCCCAGAGGCGCUGGAGUCGGCGCCGAGGGCGACAGCGUUUCUGGGGACGACAUCUCCAACUUUAAGAUGGAGUCGGAUGGAAUAUCAAUGGCGUCGGUGUGUUUCGACGACGAGCCGUGUGGGGGAGGCAGCGUCAUGUCAGAAGAAGACUCUGAGACUCGCUCCACCUGUAGCCUCGGUUCAUCCCCAUCACCCAGCAGCCCGCAGGAGCUCCUGUCGCCCAGCCCGUUCGCCAGCUCCUCCUCUUCCUCCGGUUCCUCCUCCGGCAUGUCGUCUUCUGAUUCCCCGUCGCCCACACCCUCCUCCUCCUCCUCCACGUCCUCCCCGGCUCUGCUGUCCCGGCCCUGCAGUCUGGACCUUCCCAGCACCGUGUCGCUGUCGGACUUCGGCCUGAUCUCGCCGGUGCUCGGGCCUCGCAGCCAGUGCAGCGGCGCGUCGUCGCCCGAGUGCGACCUGGAGAGAGGUGACCGAGCUGAAGGUGCAGAGGGGGAACUUGACAACGCUCCGUCUGGAAACAACAACAACAUCUCUGCUUCCAGCAGCAAGAGGAGCUUCAGCCUGGAGGCUCGGUUCAGCUUCCUGAACCUGCGCCGCCCGCGGCUCAACGGCACCAAAGCGGCGGACAGCAGCUCUCAGAAGACGGAGCCGGGGCAGACUGUGGUCCUGCUCAAAGGAGUCUGAGGACGGGGAAAAAAAAGGAAUUGGUCAGAGGGACUGUGACUCGGAUCAAAAACUGAAACUUAUGAGGCAUUUAUAAGCUGCCUGCCGUACUGCACACCGCCCCCCGUCCCCCCCACACACCCCCAACAUCCAAAUGGACUUUAAAGCCUUUGGUGUACAUUAAGUUUCCUGUUCAUCGCAGCAGCAGCAGCAGCAGCAGCGUCACUCCCUUCUCCCUUACUGCACCUCCGGACCGUCACACCAGAGAAAUGAAGAGCACUGUUGUAUUAAAAUGUGUUGGUCACAGUUUAUGAAAGUGUGGAAGGAGGGAAAAAAAAGAAAAAGUUGUAUUUAUUUAGUUUUUCCUCCACUAGAAACCGGAAAGGGUUGUCUAAAAAACAGUAUGCACUAGCUGCCUGCCGCCAACCUCUGAAUAUCUGAACUGAUCCAAAUGUACAAGUUAUUACAGUUAAAUGCCACAUACAUGUAGCACGCUGUAAGCCAUGCAGGGUUGAUGUUCUGCCUAGUUAAAUAUCCAAAAAAAGGAAAGCCACACAGUGGAGAAAAGAAACUGGAAUUUUAGUCUUUUGCUCUGUACUUGUGUAUUUGAUAUAACAAUGCUGUAUUUUCGACAUGUCCGUGUGUUCCAGUUUAGGAUUCAAAUAUUAAAGUUUUAUGUAACAAAGUACAAUUUAGUAAAGUAUAAUUAAAGCUUUAACUCUU